AUGCAGAAAUACGAGAAGUUGGAAAAGAUUGGGGAAGGAACAUACGGGACGGUUUUUAAAGGAAGAAACCGAGAAACAAUGGAAAUUGUAGCUUUAAAGCGAGUCCGACUAGAUGAAGACGACGAAGGAGUUCCAAGUUCAGCUUUGCGUGAGAUCUGCUUACUUAAAGAGCUCAAACACAAAAACAUUGUGAGACUCUAUGAUGUGCUGCAUUCAGAUAAAAAGUUGACUCUAGUCUUCGAGCACUGCGAUCAAGAUUUAAAGAAAUAUUUUGACUCGCUUAAUGGGGAAAUUUCAUUAGAAAUUGUCAAGUCUUUCAUGUAUCAACUGCUCAGAGGAUUGGCAUUCUGUCACAGUCAUAAUGUCCUCCAUCGAGAUCUUAAGCCACAAAAUUUAUUGAUCAAUAAGAAUAAUGAGCUGAAGCUUGCUGACUUUGGACUUGCACGAGCUUUUGGCAUUCCAGUAAAAUGUUAUUCUGCUGAAGUUGUAACUUUAUGGUACCGACCUCCUGAUGUGCUUUUUGGUGCGAAAUUGUACACAACAAGUAUCGAUUGCUGGUCUGCUGGGUGUAUUUUUGCAGAAUUAGCCAAUGCCGGACGUCCACUCUUUCCAGGAUCAGACGUCGAUGAUCAACUAAAGAGAAUCUUCAAACUUCUAGGUACACCAACUGAAGAUUCAUGGCCAGGUUUAACUCAAUUGUCAGACUACAAACCUUUUCCAUUAUAUCCAUCAACAAACAAUUGGAACCAAGUUGUACCACGUCUGAACAGUAAAGGCCGCGAUUUACUUCACAAACUACUCGUUUGUCGUCCAACAUUAAGACUAAGUGCUGAACAAGCAAUGGCUCAUCCAUAUUUUACUGAUAAUUAAAAGAAUUUGCGUUAAUUUUGUUUUACGUACUAUUUUGAGGAUGGUUUCUU